AUUUUCCCAGCAGGCAGCGGGAACGCCGCCCGUGAUCGGGAGUCAGCGGAAGGAAGUACCUGAGGAUUGACGAGUUCUCACUCACCCAAGGUCUACAAUGAAUCUGGAACGAGUCAGUAACGAGGACAAACUUAAUCUGUGUCGCAAAUACUACCUGGGAGGAUUUGCCCUGCUGCCGUUCCUCUGGCUGGUGAAUGUGGUCUGGUUUUUUCAGGAGGCUUUUAUGAAACCAGAGUUCAACGAGCAGGUGCUGAUAAAGAAAUACGUGAAGUUCUCUGCACUAGGGCUGUUGCUGUGGGUCGCUGUCCUCACCACCUGGAUCACCAUCUACCAGACCUUCCGGCCCCAGUGGGGAGCUAUUGGCGACUACAUCUCCUUCACCGUCCCCCUGGGCAUCCCCUGAUCAGUUGCCAGACGAUGGAGAAGGGUCUGGGGUGGCACUGCCUUCCCUACCCCCACCUCCACCCCUGAAACACGGGACCAGUAUACAACCUCAGAUUGAAGAUGGAUGUCGGGCACCUGGGACCUGAAUGCCUGUUGCUCUGCUCUGUUUCCUCAAAAUACUCACCCCUCCCCUUCCUUCCACUUCCCACCCUAAUUCUCCCCACAGUCUUCCUUUCACUUGUCUCCAUCCACAUUCCGUCCUCUCCACGCCAACUCACCCCAGUACACCCCUCAAUGAAUUCCUAGCCUUUGUCAUACUGUUCCUAACUCUUACUCCCACUCUCCGCUCCUGUCUCUCACGCCUCUACUCCCCUCCCUCUUUGUUCUUUCCCCCCAUUCUCUCUGGCCGCCUUUACCUCUCUUCCUCCCUUUCUGCUCUCCGGCCCUUUUUUCCCCAUCUCCCUGCCCUGUCUCUGCAUUUGAGUCCCUUUCCCUGUUGUUCCC